AUGGCUUCACGCAACAACGAUGAGGCGAUCCGGGAGGUCCUAGAAGAUCUCGAGCUUCAACAUGUCAUUCUGCAAAGUUUGGAAGAAGAAUGCCCCGACGCAGAGCAAGACAGACAAGAGAUCCUAGAUGUCAUUGAGGGCCUAGAGACGCGACUGGCGGUGCUACGCGGGGAGCCCGUCGGCAGAACCGCCAAUUCAUCUCCAUCCCCCACGCGGAGCCCUACCUUCCCUCUUGACAAUCCUACGUCCUCUUCGCACAGUGCUGAACGUGCUGCCCGCUCUGUCCCCGGCUCUCCUCUCAAUCGAACCAGUCGCAAACGUCAACUAUCCACAUCCUCUAUUGAGGGUGAACACGAUGACGGGGACGAUGACUCGGAUGACCUGGAGGCGCCAAUCAGGCGAGAGCAGCGGAAACGAGUUCGUCGCCGCUUGAGCCCUGAUUCUAUUCCAAGUCGUCGCUCGGCGGAGGACGAAUCCGAUGAGGGACUGGACGAUGGCAAUGACGAGCUGCGCAGGAUGCUAGGCCUGGACAGCUUCCGUCUAAUGCAGGAGGAGAAUCGACGAGCAGAGCAGUGGCUCAAAGCGCAAAAGGAACAGGAACGUCGCGAUGCUGAAUUUGCGCGCCAGCUUGCGCAGGACGACAGUAUCACGCCGCACUCGGCGUUGGCUCGGAGCCCUCCGCCUCCUACUGCUCCUAGGCCCACAUUCACCGCUCCAGCUCAUAGCAGGGCUGUGCCUCAUGCAACCCCUGCAUUGUACAUUCCAGGCAGUUUUCCCGAGGGACCUCAGCCUCCAAAGCGCCUGCCACCCACUGCGCCUCAUUAUGAUGGCUAUAGAGAGUCGAAAGUUGUCACGCUACCGGACGACAGUGAUGACAGUGACAUCGCAGAAAUUGACGGCCAGGAUUUCAAACCCAAUCUUCUUCGUCCCCCGCUCUCACCGAGAAAGGGUCGCCAGGUAAUCAAUGACCGCUUCGACACUCAUUCUGCAGCAUGGAGAAAUGGCAAGAUGGGUCCCAAUGGUCCAAAUGAUCUUCGAAGCGCCUACUCUCCCUAUCUGAAUGGACUUGCAGCCGGUCCCAGUGUCUUGGGUCCACCUAGUUCUCGAUUCGGGCCUAGAGUCCUGCCCAGUACCAUGGCACGACUGAACUCCGGCUCUAGUAUGCUCAAUGAUAUGUCAAGCACCGUAUCUCAGGCAAGCAGGAUCAUUUUGGGUGGGUCGGACAUCUCGUUUAUGGGCCCUGGCGGCUACGAAUCAGCUCUGGAUUACAUGAAUGAUCUCUACGGGUAUGGAGAGGAUCCAAAGCAGACCAAAGAGGAAAUCAUGAAACUCCUAGAGUCUAUCAGACCCGACUCUGAAAUUUCUAAGGAAAAUCGCGAAGGGACCCCUGAGGCGCUCAAAUUUACACUCCUGGAGCAUCAGAAACUCGGUCUCGCGUGGAUGAAGUCGAUGGAGGAAGGGGAAAAUAAAGGUGGAAUUCUUGCUGACGACAUGGGUCUUGGAAAGACUAUUCAAGCCAUUGCUCUUAUGGUGUCACGGCCUUCCACCGACCCUGAGCGAAAGUCUACGCUGGUUAUCGCUCCUGUUGCAUUGAUUCAUCAGUGGAAGAGAGAGAUCCAGAGGAUCCUCAGACCUGGCAAGCAUCAGCUUUCGAUUCAUGUACUACACGGCGACAAGCGGACUACGACUUUCAAAGAUUUGAGGAAGUACGAUGUGGUCCUCACUACUUUCGGCACUUUGGCAGCCGAGUUCAAGAAGCUAGAGAAAGCCGAGGAGAUCAAGAAACAUGACUCAGACCUGGGCAUGGGCCUCAUGAAAAACCUACCUUGCUUAAGUCCUCUCUCCAAAUGGUAUCGGGUCAUUAUCGACGAAGCCCAGUGUAUCAAGAACAGGAAAACCAAAUCUGCCAUGGCGUGCUGCACUCUUCAUUCUAUGUAUCGGUGGUGCAUGACCGGUACCCCGAUGAUGAAUUCAGUGGAUGAACUGCAGUCGCUUUUGAAGUUUCUGCGGAUCGCGCCAUAUUCCAACCACGAGAAAUUCCAACGUACUUUCACAAAUCCUCUAAAGGGUAGUCCCGCUGGCCGCGAGAAGACAAUGCAGGCAUUACAGGUUCUGCUCAAAGCAGUUCUUCUACGGCGCACCAAGACUUCCAAGAUUGACGGUAAACCCAUCCUACAGCUACCGCCCAAGGUGUCCGAGAGGGUGCAUGCUGUCUUCAGCGAUGAAGAGGAUGAGUUCUACAAAGCCCUCGAAACCCGCACUCAGCGUCAGGUCAACCGAUACAUUGAAGAGGGCACCAUGGGGCGCAAUUACUCCAGCAUCCUUGUGUUGCUCCUCCGACUCCGACAGGCGUGUUGUCAUCCGCAUCUGAUCAAAGAAUUCAGCAUUGAAACUCCUGUGACAUCAGAUGAGUUAGAUCUUGUCGCAAAUGCCAAAGCUCUUAGCGAUGAGGUUGUUACUCGACUGAAGAACAAUGACGACCUCGAAUGCCCAAUUUGCAUUGAUGCUGUUGAGAAUCCGGUGAUUUUCUUUCCUUGCGGUCAUGGAACUUGUACAGAAUGUUUCUCAAGAAUCUCAGACCCUGCAGUUGCAGUCAGAAACGGAGUCGAUGGCGCCAAUGAGAUCAAAUGCCCCAACUGCCGCGGUAAAGUCGACCCCAAGAAGAUUACUGAUCACAUCUCGUUCAAGAAGGUGCACUGCCCCGAUUCGACAGAGGGGGAUGAGGUUCCUGAGCCAGCAGAUGAAGCGGCGAGUGAGGAUGACAGUGAUGAUGACAGUGAUGAUGACAGUGAUGAUGACAGUGAUGAUGAUAGCCUGUCUCGGUUCAUCGCCGAUGACGAUGAGGACUACGGUGGUAGCAGGACACGCAAAUCCAAGGGCAAAAAGCCACAGAAGAUCAAGAAGACCCUUGCCCAGCUCCGCAAGGAUGCCCAGAAGAACCAGAAGGCUAAGCGCAAGUAUCUGCGCCGUCUUGAAAAGACCUGGAUCCCGAGCGCCAAGAUCGAGAAGACGAUGGAAAUCCUCCGAGGCAUCAGCAGCAAUGACAGCAGCGAAAAGACCAUCAUUUUCAGUCAAUUCACAUCUCUGCUUGACCUGCUUGAGAUCCCCAUUGCGCGUGAGGGCUGGGACUAUCGGCGCUACGAUGGCAGUAUGAAACCUGCGGAAAGAAAUGCGUCUGUCAUAGAAUUCACGGACAAUCCCGACUGCAAGGUCAUGCUGGUAUCCCUCAAAGCCGGUAAUUCCGGAUUGAAUCUGGUCGCCGCCUCACAGGUGAUUAUCUUCGAUCCUUUCUGGAACCCUUACGUGGAGGAGCAGGCUGUCGACCGUGCUCAUCGUAUUGGGCAAGCACGCCCUGUGCAGAUCCACCGCAUUGUGGUGAAGGGCACGGUUGAGGACCGAAUUCUCGAGCUUCAGGAUCAGAAGCGCGAGCUUGUCGAGGGAGCAUUGGACGAGAAGGCCUCGAAGAAUGUUUCCAGAUUGGAUACUCGACAACUGCGCCAUCUUUUCAAUAUCCAUUAA